AAGAUGUAGUGCGAAAAGCCUCAGGGGCUCACAUUGGAGAUAUUCAUAUUAUGAAUGUCAGUGAUUCACAUUCUAUUGCCAUUACUUGCUUUGUUCCUAUGAGUCUGAUUGGAUCUUUCAUUGCUACUGUUCUUCAAAAUAUAAAACAUUUUCAAUCAAAAGGACUGAGGGAAUUGUUAUUGGAUAACACAAUUAUUUGGGAACUCAACGAUGAGGGACAAAAAUCUAGUACUGAGAAUGGUGUGAAAACUAAAAGCAAAAAAUCAGAGCCGACUUAUUCAAAAAUUGAAGAAGUUAAAAUAGAAGAAGAUAAAGACACAAUUAAAGAAUUGAGGAAACAGUUACAAACUCAGUAUAGAAUUAGCAGAAUGAAGGGACUAGAGAUUGAAGAUUUGAAAGCAAAAAUUAGAAAGAAAGAGGAACAAUUCUCAAAUACUGAGAAAGAGUUAGCAUCAUUGAAGGAACUGUCAGAGACUAGACUACAAGAAAUAGAACAACUGAAACUGAAACUUGAAGACAAUAACAGCAAGAGAUUACAAGUACCAGUUGAAGAGACAUCAGAGAUAAUUAAAGAUGAAUCAUCUGAUGAUGACACAUCAAGUAAUAAAGACAUUGUAAUGAAAUCUGAUGAUAAAUCACUAACAGUAAAUUUACAAGAGGAUGGAAAGGUGGUGUGGAGUCAGAGUAGUGUACAACUCAUUAGACCAUCAGUAGAUCAAUGUAAGGAGGUAAUCAGUAAACUGAAGGAGAAACAUAAGGGGAUUACACUCCGAUACUCAUCAUCUGAUAGUAUACAGGUCCUAAUACCAACUGUAUUGGAGAGAGGAACAAUAAAUCAACUUGCUAUAUACUACUCCUCAUUAUCAUGUGAUGAUGUCCUCUCAUUCUCUUCUCAACUAUCAACCAACAAAUCAUUAACAAAACUAAACCUAAUUCAUGGUUCAAUAAGUGCUGAUGGAGUCAUUGCACUAGCACAAUCACUACAAUAUAAUAAAACACUUCAUUACUUAUAUCUUGUAUAUAAUCCUGACAUCACUUCAGCUUGUGCUCAGUCACUGGCUGAACUUUUACUCACUAACAACACACUCUUCCGACUUCAUCUCCACCAUACUAACAUUGAUACUGAUGGAGUAAUGAUACUAAUGGAAUCACUCAAGACCAAUAAUACACUAAGGGAACUCUGGCUAGACAAACAACAUGAAGAAACUUGUUCUACUUUACCUUAUUUUGAGCAUAUUAAAGACAGAUUGGAUUUUGUAGAAUUUUAA